ACUAGAAUUACCCUUCUCCCUAGAUCCUCUCCGCAACCAAACUCUUCUUACAGCCCCUCUCAUUGACUGGUACGUACAGACACAGACUGUGGAUCAGCUUUGCCGGGGAGAUUACGCGACCAGUCCUCCACAGUCUACAUUCUGGUAAGCCCCUUCAAAUUUUCCUAACAAAUCACACUCUUUUGAAACUUCAAAGCUCAAUAAUCUAUCUAUCUCAUAGUACUUCAAGCUAAGUUGCUAAAACCCUCACUAUUCCCCCCACAACUUUCUUUUGCACCAACAACUGGUUGUUGCAGUAACCCACAAAGUCCAAUUUUUAUUAAUAUAGCCCAUCAAAAGCUGUUGAGUUCUUCAAUAUAACUAUGUGGGUCUCUGCAAAACCUUCAAUUUCUAACAUGGAUUCACUUUCGUUUUGCUAAAACCCUCCCAAUAGCAGGUUUUGCAGUGACUCACAAAAUCAAAUCUUUAUUAAUAUAACUCACAAAAGACUGUUGCUUUCUCAAAUAUAACUAUGUGGGUCUCUGCAAAACCUUCAAUUUCUAGCAUUUCUUCACUUUCUUCUCAAUUCCACCAAAACCCAUUUCUCGUUUUGCCCCAUAUCUCACUCUCAUUUAGUUUACCUCAGUCUUCACAAACAACCCAAAUUUAUUGUGGUAUCCGUGAAAUUCGAGAGCGAAUUACUACUAUUAAAAAUACCCAGAAAAUUACUGAAGCUAUGAAGCUCGUGGCGGCUGCAAAGGUUCGACGAGCUCAAGAGGCGGUCAUCAAUGGCCGACCCUUCUCGGAGACCCUUGUAGAAAUGUUAUACAGUAUCAAUGAGCAGCUUCAAUCAGAGGAUAUAGAUGUUCCUUUGACAAAUGUUAGGCCUGUCAAGAAAGUUGCCGUUGUGGUUAUCACUGGUGAUCGAGGUCUCUGUGGUGGAUUCAACAAUUUAAUUAUCAAAAAGGCUGAGGCCCGGAUUGUUGAAUUGAAGAGUCUUGGAUUGGAUUACACUGUGAUUAGUGUUGGAAAAAAGGGUAAUUUGUAUUUUAAGCGGAGGGAUAAUGUUCCGGUUGAUAGGUUUAUUGAAGGGUGGAGUUUUCCUACAGUGAAAGAAGCUCAAGCAAUUGCUGAUGAUGUGUUUUCGCUAUUUGUUAGCGAGGAGGUUGAUAAGGUUGAGCUUGUGUAUUCUAAAUUUGUGUCGCUGGUUAAGAGUAAUCCUGUGAUUCAUACAUUGCUUCCAUUGUCUCCGAAAGGAGUAGUUCGUGAUGUGAAUGGGAAUUGUGUUGAUGCCAUGGAGGAUGAGUUCUUUAGGUUGACGACUAAGGAGGGAAAAUUGGUUGUGGAGAGGGAUAGUGUGAAGGCAAAGAGGGAGGAGUUUUCACCGCUUAUGCAAUUUGAGCAGGACCCAGUUCAGAUUCUUGAUGCCAUGAUGCCUCUUUAUUUGAAUAGUCAGAUUUUGAGGGCAUUGCAGGAAUCACUGGCAAGUGAGCUCGCAGCAAGGAUGAAUGCCAUGAGCAAUGCCACAGAUAAUGCAGUGGAGUUGAAGAAGAAUCUUUCAAUUGCUUACAAUCGGGAGAGACAAGCAAAAAUUACUGGCGAGUUAUUGGAGAUUGUAGCAGGAGCUGAGGCACUAAGACAGCUUGAUUGAUCUUGAUUUGUCAUAUCGUGUACUUUGUUUAUCCCAUAAUUCUUUUUUUUAAGAGUAUUGUAACUUGAUGUGCUAGUUACACCAAAUCAUUAGUUAAGUAAAUGAUUUCUCUUGUAAAGAUAAACUGAGUUCUUAUCUGCUUCCACAACUAGAAUGUGGAAUUGAGUCAAAUAUGUUAACAUUGUUGUUCCAGCAUUUUGUUACCUUCUCUGCUUUGUAUUACUUCGCUCCUUUUCUUAUAAGUGAAUGAUUAAUGCAUUGUCUAUA